AUGGUUGUCCACAACGUUAACACCGUCGGCGAGUUCAGGGCCGCCAUUGCCGACCACGAGAAGGUUCUCGUCGACUGCUUCGCUACCUGGUGCGGUCCCUGCAAGGCCAUCGCACCCAUCCUGGCCGAUAUGUCCAACGAGGAAGCCUACAAGGACGUCUACUUCAUCAAGCUCGAUGUCGACGAGGUCCCCGACGCGGCGCAGGAGCUCGGCGUCAAGGCCAUGCCUACCUUUUACUUCUUCAAGAACGGCGAAAAGGUGGAUGACAUGAUGGGCGCGAACCCCGCUGGUCUGAAGAGCAAGGCGCAGGCUCUGCUGGCGUAA